AUGGGACUAUCGCCAGAGCUCCGCCGUCGGUCCCUCGGCGGAGCCCGGGCUAGGGGACUUGCCGAGAGCUGCGUGGCGGCGGUGCUGUCUUAUCUGGACCCGCCACAGAUAUGCCGGCUCGCGGGGUUGAACCAGACCUUUAGAGCGGCCUCGUCUGCCGAUUUCGUUUGGGAUUCAAAGCUGCCAUCGAACUAUGAAGAUGUAAUCGGGGCGGUAUUUGGAGAAAAGGAGAUUUUCCCCAAAGGUUUCUGUAAGAAGGAUAUCUACGCCGUACUUUGCAGGACAAACACUUUGGAUGGUGGCACAAAGAAAGUGUGGUUGGAUAAGACAACAGGCAAGACAUGUAUGUUGAUAUCGUCUAAUGGAUUGGCAAUAACGGGCAUCGAUGACAGAAGGUACUGGACGCACGUAUCGACUGAAGAAUCAAGGUUUCGCUCGAUGGCUUACCUCCAGCAAAUAUGGUGGCUCGAGGUGUAUGGUGAAGUCGAGUUCCCAUUUCCUGUGGGCAGCUACAGCCUCUUUUUCAGGCUCAAAUUAGGACGGGAGUUGAUGAGGUUUGGCCGGCGGCUCUGUAAUCCCGAGCAUGUGCACGGCUGGGACAAGAAGCCCGUGAGGUUCCAUCUCUCGACUUGUAACGGCCAGCUGGCCACGAGGCAGUCCUACUUGGAGGGUCCUGGAAAGUGGAUAAUUUACCAUGUGGGAGAUUUUGUUGUGGAAAAUUGUUACAAGUUGAUGAGAGUAAAGUUUUGGAUGACUCAAAUCGACUGCACUCACACCAAGGGUGGAUUGUGCGUGGACUCUGUUGUAGUGUAUCCGGUUGGUCGGAAGAGAGUCGGGCGGUUUUAGUUGCAUUAACAGAACAUACCUCUUUGUAGGGAGUUUAUUCUUGAAAACAGUACUGUUAAAUUAAACAAGUCUGGCUCAGCGAGGCUCGGAUCAGCUCGUUAUGGCUCGAGUUCGAGGCUUUAAUGAGCCGAGCUCGAGCUCAUUUAAAGCUCGUUUGGUUAAGCUUGACUCGAUAAGAGAAUUUUUAUAUAAUUUUUUACAGUUCGGCUCGUUAAAGCUCGAGCCAAUCUCGAGCUCGAUUUCU